GCAGAGGAUCCAAUGAGGAUCGAACAUAAUGACGAGGGGUUGAAGGCCGACAAGGUGGCCACGCCUGAACUAAAUUUGUACGAUGACGACCUGUUGUGCUGCAAAGAGAACGACAGUAAAAACGACGAGUCGGAGCCAUGGGAGGAGGAAGUGGAUGCUGCCGAGCCCCAGUUCGGAAGAAAUGGAGGCCGUCAAGCCGACUACGCCGGACCUGCAUGUUAGUGACGUCGACCCACAGUGGUUCAAAGAGGAGGACAACAGAAACAAGGAGGCGGCCGCCAAGCCCACCUGUAUGCUGCAGCUUGCCGGGGAUCUGCAGCCUUCGAUGAAGAGCACCUCUCUACCGGAUCACCUUCGGUGUCGGCGAUCCGACGGACGAAAAUGGCGGUGCCCUCAACUUUCAAUGCCUAGCGUUGGCUUCUGCGAGUAUCAUUUCCUCCAGUUGCAGCGCAACCAAGGAAAAAGGAAAAACAGCAAAUUGGCUUCGGGCGCUAAGCGCAAGCGGGGGUUGGGCCUUGCUUCCAAUCAGUCACUGGCGAGGAAGCGGCGGCGGCAGCGGCAGCGGCUGAAGAGGCAGCUGCCCGGGGAAGAACCGAUCAGAGCAACGCGGAAGGAGGAGAGGUAUGAAGGGAUAGAGGCCACCAAUCUAGAGGUCACGAGGGACCUUCCCAAUGGUGUGAUGGCGAUCUUGCCUGCACCGGCAAGGGGUCCGGCCAAUCCAUCUCCUUGGUUUCAUUGGAAGGUUGGGUCUGAUGAUGGGCAUCUGUUUGGACGGAGUUUCAGAUCGAAGAAUGCUGAGCUAGUGCCCUUGGGCAAGAAGCUUCCUUUUUCCAGGAGUGCGGUAGGUCGCAGAAAUCAGGUUUGCCAUCGUUGCAGGGCCGGGGAGAACAAGGUUGAGCGCAGGAUCCGUUGUUUUAAUUGCCAGGAGCUCUUCUGCGCAACUUGCAUUGACGCUUGGUCAGGCCAUCUGAGUUAUCCAUACUUGAAAUCAAGAUGUCGUGUCCCGUCUGUCGCGGUUGCUGCACCUGCAUAAAUUGCAAUUCUGGAAGAGAUGAGGAUGUUGUGUUUAAGAAACUAUAAUUUCCUCAAAACAAGUUCAGCACAAGUUAGGUAUGACCAUCAUUUGAUUUUUUAUCUCUUCCAACUAGUGACGCACAUUAAUGGAUAACAAAUUGCUGAACUGGAAAUAGUAGCAACUAACCAAGGAAAUAAGCUACUUGAUGCUUGGGUUGAAGUUCAAAAUAUAGUGAUAACUAGCAAAUUAACUGUAACACCUGCAGAGCAAAGAUCAAUGAUUUUUAUAGGAACUGCUCCACGUGUACUUACAGAUUCUCUCUAAGCUGUUGUUAGAACUUUUGGGUUGGAAGUUUUGCUAAGCUGAUGGAACGUCUGUUUGCGAGUAUUUGAAAAGAAGGCAUGCAUAUUGUCGUGUUGACAUGGCUUUCUAUGGAAUGAAAGUUGGAAUUUCUCUUAAAAACCAUGUUAAUGGCAUUCUCAAUAUUAUUUUUGUGUACAUCCGUUCUGCCUGACUGGUCAAUUCAUAAAGAUGGCAGCAUUUCUUGUCCUUCAAAAGCGCUUGGAGGUUCUCAAUAUUAAUUUUGCUAUUAUGUCUGACUCUGCAAAAUUCAUUUCAGAAUAAAUCGUUUCUUUUCUAGGCUACCCAUAAAAGGCUGGACAUUUCUUUUACUCUUUUGGUUAUUCAAACUUAGCUUGGGAUUUCACAUUUUGAUUGAAGGAAGACUUACUGAAACGAUGCCCUUUUCGAUUGUUGCUUUUUCUCCCUUAGCAUGUAUUUUG